AUAUGUUUAUAGAAAAAAAAAACAAAUAUUCAGGAAUAAAUAAAUACAUAUAGUAAAUGAUAAGCUAAUAAUUUAAAAAUAUUAAUCCAAAAGAAUAAUAUAUGCGAAGAUUUUUCCAAACUACUGUUUAUACCAUGUCGAAAAGUAAAAACAAAAAAACUAAUGCAGCAACAGCUCAAACUGCGGCCGCUUCUAAAGCCGGUAGCAGCAAUGAUGAACAACCCAUACAAUUGGACAAAAGCGGCAAUAUUACAAUAAAGAUCUUAGCUAAACCGGGUGCAAAACAUAAUGGCAUUACCGACAUUUCCACUGAAGGAGUUGGUGUACAAAUUGCCGCACCACCUUCAGAGGGCGAAGCAAAUGCAGAAUUGGUCAAAUAUCUAUCGAAGGUAUUGAAUCUCAGGAAAAGUGAUGUCUCGUUGGAUAAGGGCUGCCGGUCUCGCCACAAGAUUGUGUUGGUUAGUAAAGGAGUCUCAACGCCGGAAACCAUAGAGGAAUGUAUACGAAAAGAAAUUGGUUAGAAAUUAAGAAUUAAUUAAGUAAAAAAUACAAAUUUUGUACUUGUAUAAUUUAUGCAUUAAAUGUUAACUAAUAUUAAACUGCCAGCUAAUACUAUUGUAAAUAAUUAUUUAUACUACUCGUGGAAAGGUGUUUAUAAUCUCAAUACUGAAAACUAUAUCGUCACCUGAAACGUAAACGGACCUAAUUAACCUAAAAUUCAAAAUCGAGUUUGUGUCCACAAAAAAAAGUUGUUAAUUUUUUAACAAAAACUAAAAAUCAUUAUACCCUACGUUUGUGCUGAUGUUUGUAACAUACAAAAAUAUUGGUCCAAUACCCACCUUUAAGUAU